AUGACCUGGGACACGAAAAACCAGUUUGAAACGACGAAAACAUCCCAGGAGCUUCCAGCAACAUCUCAGGACCACAUCAGUGACAAUAAAAUGAACUCGGAGCCGCUGCACCGACUCAGUCAGUUUUGGCUGCUGCUCACAAGGCUGCUGCUGGAAUCAAUUACGGCCGAACCGGUGGUUAUUUUGGGUCAUACGUACCGAGAAGGAGACCGGGAUCGAGAAGGAGACCUGGAGGUACAAAAACAAGUGAAAAAACGGUACUGGAUGUCGUAUAGACUGGGGUUCGAACCUAUCAAAAAACAUGAAGAUGGACCUCUGCCACUUAGUUUUGUCCAGUCGAUGAUCUUUAAUAAGAAUGUGGGCAAUACGUUUGCCAAUAUCCACAGUUUGGUGGACAAUGACAAUUUUACCACCGAUGUGGGAUGGGGAUGUAUGAUUCGAACGUCGCAAAGUGUGCUUGCGAACGCCAUAGACCGAGCGGGCUAUGAGGUCGAUGUGGAAUUGUUUGCUGACACGAGCUCAGCGGCGUUCUCGCUCCAUAAUUUUGUGAAAGUAGCGUCAGAUCUGCCGCUUAGAGUACGACCUGGCCAAUGGUUUGGUCCCAGUGCUGCUUCUUUGUCCAUUAAACGGCUCUGUGAAGCACGAAAUUCCUCGACAAACGUGCCACUUUCGGUGCUUGUGUGCGAGAGCGGUGAUAUCUACGAUGACCAGAUCCAGACCUUUCCCGUUCUUCUUCUUCUUCCUCUCCGUCUAGGCAUAGACCAUGUCAAUAAUGUGUACCAUUCCAGCUUGCUCCAGCUUUUGGAGGUACCACAGUCUGCUGGCAUAGCCGGGGGAAAACCAUCCUCAAGCCUAUACUUCUUUGGCUAUCAGGGCACAUCGUUGUUGUACUUGGAUCCUCAUUACCCACAGAAUGUCAGCGCUGGUGUUGGGUCUUACCAUUCCAGUCUGUAUCAGAAGCUAGAUAUAAGCGACAUGGACCCAUCUAUGAUGGCAGGAAUCGUUUUGAAGAAUAAUGAAGACUACACAGAUCUUAAAAGACGCACUACUGGCAACAAAAUCAUCCAUUUCCACGAGGCUCGAAAUUACAACGAUUACGUCGAGGUGGAAAGAGAAGAUUUUAUUGAUUUGGGCCAAAACAACCGGUCUGCGACGGCAGGUGCGGAGGCUGAUUUCGACAGCGAGUCGUCGAUGGUGAUCGUGGAUUAG